AUGCCCACAGCCUCCGUUGCCCCCGGCGACAGUGCCAGUCCUGGAGAGAAGAGUCCGACCGGAGGCUCGUCUGCGGCGUCGAAGCGAGCGCGCACGGCGUACACCAGCGCGCAGCUGGUGGAGCUGGAGAAGGAGUUCCACUUUAACCGUUACUUGUGCCGACCGCGGCGCGUGGAGAUGGCCAACCUGCUCAACCUGUCGGAGCGACAGAUCAAGAUCUGGUUCCAGAACCGCCGCAUGAAGGGGCCCGUCCCCCACCGGCUCCCCCCCCUCACCAUGCAGUCCACCGCCGGCUUCCUCAACUCCAUGCACCCCAUGAGCGGGGGCUACGACGCCCCGUCCCCCCCCUCCUUCAACAAGCACCAGGGAGUGUCCUACUCCAUGUCCACUGCCUACUCCAACGUCCCCAUGAAGGGCUGCCCCCCCCAGCAGAAGUACGGGGCCCCGGACCCCGACUACGACCCCCUCACCACGGAUUAG